AUGGCAGCAGCAAUUCCUCGCUCCUUUCUCUCCAAUUCUUCUUCUUCCAUCUUUGGUAAACCCUCCCUCAUCUUUCUUUCCCGCUUUAAACUCUCUCAGUCGCAAGUCUUUUCUCUCACAGCAAAAACAACAAACACUUUCCUCCAUAUUCCCCAUCACAAGACUCCUACUUUUUCCUCUUUUAAUCUCUCCCCAACCCAAUCCCUCACUAAACCCCCUAUUCUCAGGACAUUCAGCUCUAGUUCCAACACCAACAGCCCCAUAUCCUUUGAUUUCUCUGACUCGGAUGACGACGCCACCGCCACCGCCACCGCUAAGACCAAAACGAAGAAAGAGAUUGACAAAAGCAAGCUCCCUCCUCCAUACGACCCUUUCAGCAAGAAGCCCGUCGUUGAGGACCCCAAAGACCCCAAAGACCUCCAAGAGAUCUUCCACAAGAUGCGCACCGAAGGCCUCAUCCCCAAUGCCAUCAAGAUGUUCGAUGCCCUCUCCAAAGACGGUCUCACCCACGAAGCCAUGGAGCUCUUCUCCGUCAUCAAGGACAAGGGCAACAUGCCCGACGUUGUCGCCCACACCGCUGUCAUUGAAGCCUACGCCAACGCUGGCCAGAGCAAAGAGGCCCUUAAGGUCUACGUGCGUAUGCUGGCGUCCGGUGUCCAGCCCAACGCUUAUACCUAUACUGUUCUGAUCAAGGGUCUUGCGAGGGACGCGAAAUUGGCGGAUGCUAAGAAGUAUCUGAUGGAGAUGAUGAACAAGGGGAUUCAGCCCAACGCUGGGACCUACACGGCCGUCUUCGAGGCGUUUGUGAAAGAGGAUAAGGUGGAUGAGGGGCGCGAGUUCUUGGAGCAAAUGAAGGGGAAGGGGUUCGUGCCGGACGAGAAGGCAGUCAGGGAGCAGCUGAGCAAGCGUGGUCAGGUAUUUAGAAGCGUUAUCAGUCUGCUCUUUGGGAAGUAACUGAUGUUCUUUGGAAUGGUUUUUUCGAUGAAUCGGUGGCUUAUCAGACUGCGGAAGAUGAAGUUGGUUUUGUUAGGGAUUGAGUUGAAGGUCUUUUGCUUCUGUGUCCUGUAGUCUUGGUACUGUUGUGUUCAUAUCAGCAACUUUUCAUUUUCUUUUCCUACUGAUGUUCAGUGCAGAGUGGAAGAAUAGCUAUACUACUAUAUCGAAAUGUUGCACGGACAAAGAGCUUAGCAACAUUAGCAUGAACUUUUACAGAGGUGGAUCAAUCACUAUUCACUACACUAAUAUCAGAUUUUGAAUUUUAGUAAUAGUUCAUGAUGCAA